AUGUCCAUCAAUACUGUCAACCCAUAUGCGAACAACAAUCACCUCUCAACGCUAGAGCAAGAUGUAUUAUGGGAGUUUGCAAAGCUGAAUGAUAAAGUGAAGCGGGCUUCCAACCUUGCCAAGCUCACAGCUGAAUCUCCGAACGAAGCUCUGUUGGCUGAGUUGAGGACAUUGGAGAAGAGGAUGGGAAUGGUAUUAACCUUGUUCCAAGCGUCUGUCUGGGGAGUUCUACAGGAAUCGCAAGCUGCUGAAGAAGCGCGAAUGCAACAGGAAGAGCAGGAAGCGUAUCACCGUCAACAAUUGCAGCAGCGACAGCAGCGAAUCAUGUCGAAUGAAGGAUAUCAAUAUGGUUAUGGUGGUCAAGGUCAAGAAAGAAGCUAUGACGAUUCCAGAGGAUGGGGUGAAGAUAGUACGAUACCGUGA